AUGAUUAUCAAAGUAGUGAUCCUGACCCUAUUGGUUGCUCUUGUAACAGGCUAAUAGUAUAGUAUUUCUUAAUGUGAUUGUUCCUAAUUGCUUUCAGAAGACGAUUGCAGAGAAAAUGAUAUGAAAAAAAUAAGACAUGUAAAAAAUUAGGAUACAACAACUAAUCCAGUCAUCAACUAUGCAAAAUAUUGUGAUAAUUUUAAAGAAUUGGAAUGUCCGAAGUAAAAACCAUGUAGUAAUUGUGGAUCGUAUUCUGCUUGUGCUUGGGUCGAAGGAUAGUGUACAUUUUUCACUGAUUGCACAGCAUUUAACAAAACAACAGAUUCAGAUUGCUAAGCUAUUAGUAAUAGAUGUAUUACUGAUGGAAUUCAUUGUAUUGAAAUUGAUACUUGUGAUAAAUAUAAAAGACAAUAAUCUUGUGUAAAAUGCUUAUUCGGUAGUUUAUGUUAUUGGGAUUCAAAAAAUAAUAAUUGUGUUGAUGCUGAUACUUGUGAUAAACUACCAAUUAAAUUUUAAACAGAUAAAGAAUGUAGACAUGAAAUACAAAGUUGUACUGCAAAAUCAGGAGGGUUGGAUGUGUUGAUAGUGGAAUUUAAUUGUAGUGAAUUAAAGUCUUUAGUAAAAUUUAAUGUGUUUGGGAUUAAUCAAUGA